AUGGCUUACAACUACAACCCGUACAACAACUCCUACCCUCCACCACCGCCAUAUGGAUUUGGAAACGGUGUUGGAUACUCUCCGAGACCGCCAAUGCCAAUCGGAGCUCCAAUGAUGGCGCCGCCACCACAGCGACCAGUUGUGAUUGUCAACCAAGGUCAUCACCACCACAGACAUCAUCACGGACAUCAUCUUGGACUCCAUCUCUUGAACCCUUUCCGUCAUCAUCAUCAUCAUCAUCAUGGUCACUGCUAA